GUUUGUGAAAAAAAUACAUAGAUGGUAGCUUUGUCAUGGUGAAGUGGUGGUGUAUUCAUGGAGCAAAAAUGGAAAACACUAAGGCUGAAUUACUAACCUCGAAUGGCUGAUUUACAGAGAAAUGGUGUCGUCGACAGGGAUAUCAACCAGGCCAUUACAACGUUAAAGAAAGGAACGUACUUGCUCAAAUAUGGACGUCGAGGGAAGCCCAAGUUCUGCCCUUUUAAGCUCUCCAAUGAUGAAUCUAAAUUGAUAUGGUACUCUCGGAGAAAAGAGAAAUAUAUCAGGCUUAGUCAUGUUUCCAGGAUCAUUCCUGGACAGCGUACAGCAGUAUUUCAACGAUAUCCUCAACCUGAAAAAGAGUAUCAAUCGUUUUCAUUAAUACUCAAUGAUAGGUCCUUGGACUUGAUAUGUAAAGAUAAAGAAGAAGCCGAAGUUUGGUUCGUUGGUCUUAAGGCAUUAGUUUCUCAUGGUAUCAAUCGCAAGUGGAGGGUCGAAGCAGGGACUGAUACUACUGCAUCAGGAGACAGUCCUGAAUUAAACAAAAAAAGCCCACCCAAUCCGCAUUUUGAUAAAGGAGAUGCACAAGGAAUUCAAGCACCCUCCGAGCCGCGCAAUAGAUUAGGGAAGACAUUUGCUGACAUGGUUACACAUGCUGAUUCAAUUAAGGUCACAAGUAAACCAGAUAUAGUUGAGUUUGGGUUAAUAGCUGCCAGUUGUGUAGAAAACAUAAACAAUCCAAGUUCUGAGGCUGAUGUAGUAAGAGCCAGUUUAUCAAGUGCUGUAAGUUCAUCGAGCCAUGGUUCUUGUAAAGAAGACGUCGAUGCCUUGGUUGAUAUAUUCAUAUGGGGACAAGGUGUUGGUGAGGGAAUACUGGGAGGUGGUGAGGAUAAAGUUGAGAGUUUGUUCAAUACAAAGAUCGAUGCACUUAUGCCCAAGGCAUUGGAACCAACAACGGUUCUUGAUGUGCAUGGUAUUGCUUGUGGAAGUAGCCAUGCGGUAAUAAUGACAAAGCAGGGUGAGAUUUUUAGUUGGGGGGAAGAAUCAGGGGGAAGGCUCGGGCACGGUGCGGAUGCAGAUGUUCCCCAACCUAAACUCAUAGAUACUCUUAGAGGCAUGAAUUUUCAAUCUGUAGCAUGCGGAGAAUAUCACACUUGCGCUGUUACGGUAUCGGGGGAUCUCUAUACAUGGGGUGAUGGAGCACACAAUUCUGGUUUGCUUGGGCAUGGAAGUGAUGUUAGUCAUUGGAUACCUAGAAGGGUAAGUGACAUGGAAGGUAUGCACGUCUCCUAUGUAUCAUGUGGACCUUGGCAUACAGCUCUGUUGACAUCUAGAGGUGAGUUGUUCACAUUUGGAGAUGGAUCUUUUGGUGCAUUAGGCCAUGGAGAUCGUAGUAGCACGACUGUUCCACGGAAAGUGGAGACUUUGAGUAGAUUGCGGACAACAAGGGUUGCAUGUGGUUCUUGGCACACAGCUGCAGUUGUGACUGAAUCAUCUGAUGAUGGAUUUCCUGAUAGCUCUUCUUCAGCAAAGUUGUUUACAUGGGGGGAUGGAGAUAAAGGUGAACUCGGCCAUGGCAAUCGAGAACCUAGACUUUUACCCCAUAGUGUGGAUGCUCUAUUUGAUGUCAAUAUCAGCCAGGUUGCCUGUGGUCAAAAUCUCACAGUUACUCUUACAACCUCAGGACAAGUAUAUACAAUGGGAAGUUCGGCUUAUGGUCAAUUGGGAAGUCGUACAGCUGAUGGCAAGGUUCCAACUCGGGUUGGAGGUAAAAUUGCAGGUAGAUUUGUUGAAGAUAUUGCAUGUGGAUCGCAUCAUGUUGCUGUUGUGACUUCAAAAAAAGAGGUUUAUACUUGGGGAAAGGGCACAAAUGGGCAAUUAGGACAUGGAAACACUGAUGAUAGAGAUACUCCAACAGUUGUUGAAUUUCUAAAAGAUAAGCAAGUUAAGAGUGUAGUUUGUGGUAACAACUUUACUGCAGUUCUAAGUCUUCAUAAAUGGGUACCGAGUGCUGAUCAAUCGAUGUGCUCCGGUUGUCGAAAUCCAUUUGGUUUCAUAAGAAAGCGCCACAGCUGUUAUAAUUGUGGACUAAUCUUCUGCAAAUCAUGCACAGUGAGGAAAUCUCUAAAGGCAUCACUGGCUCCAAUUAUGAACAAACCAUAUAGAGUUUGUGAUGAUUGUUUUGCUAAAUUGAAAAAAUCUGGAGAAUCCGUUUCUUCUCCCUUGCCUCCUAAGGCACGAAAUGGAAAUAUUCCUCGUAAAUUCGAUGAGAAUAUGGACAAAGAAGUUUUAGCUCUAAGGUCACAUGCACAACUCUCCAGACUAUCUAGUCUUGGCUCCAGUAGUCAGGCUGAAAGCCGACUUUCUAGGAGUGAACUGAAAUUAGACUUUGAAAAUCGGACCAUAUUCCCAGCUCAAAUUGGAAAUUUUCAUCCUGGAGGAUUUAAUACACCAAGGCUACCAAUUGAUCCAGUUGGAGAUUCUAGAAAAAGUUUACCACCAAUUUCUAGAAGGACAUCUCGAGCAACAUCUCCUGCUUCAGGAAAGUCGAGCAACCGAUCUUCCACUGUAACUAUUGAUGAUUCAAAACAAAUGAAUGACAAUGCCAACCAAGAGAUCAUAAAUUUAAGGGCACAGGUUGAAGCUCUUACUUGCAAAUCAAGACAUCUCGAAGCUGAGCUUGAAAAGACGUCAAGGCGAUUAAAAGAAGUGACUGCAAGAGCAGAAACUGAAGCUGGAAAAUAUAAAUCAGCAGAGGAAGUUAUCAUGUCACUCACUGCUAAGUUGGAGCAAGUGACGGACACGCUUCCACCGGGACAGAAGGGCCUCCUCUAUAAUGCCUGUUCUGUUGCUAAACGUACCACAGACAUCGAGCACGUGUUCGCCAAUGCAACCGGCACGAUGUGUGUACCAAGUGAAGUAAAUUUCAACGCAAACAACGUAUCGACAUCCAAUGGAACCAAAGGGCAAACUAAAAGGGCGGAGAUUAUGAUACAAGAUGAGGCAGGAGUGUACUUAACUUUGUCACCUUUGCCCAAUGGAAGUAAUGUUCUCAGUCGUGUUCGCUUUAGUCGGAAACAUUUCUCAGAAGAAAAUGCAGAGAAGUGGUGGGCUGCAAAUGGGGCAAAAUUAUUUGAAAGGCAUGAUAUCAUUCGUGGACACUAGUUUGAGCUU